AUGUCUAAGCCUGACCUGAUAUCUUGGACGCAAUCUCGCCUUGGCGCCCUCUACGAAGCGCAUGAGGACGAUGCAUUUGCCAGUGCCUUCGAUGCUGUUUUCGCAUCCUCUUGCGAGGUUCGCGUGAACCAUAUACCUUCCACUCUUGAUGCUUUCAAAGACAGCGUCUCGUCGCGUAGAGCUGCCAGUAGAGGAGUCACACUCUCUUGGGAGAAUGUGAUCACCACAGGUGACAGUCCAGACGAACCCUCAGUGGUUGCCGGAACGUUGAUCAUUACUCGUAGUAUGAUGUUCCGCAUUCGCGCUGCUCCCGCUCAACGUCUGACUCAGAUCCACUUCAGUGCAAGGGUGGAACAAGAUUCUAGUGUUCAAGCGAAUGAAGAUGACAAUCGCCGCAUAACCUCUCUCUAUCAUACUUCAGUAGACAAGACGCCGCCGAUUCACUUUGCAAGGCCUCAUCCAGUUAACCAAGAGCGGGAGUGA